AUGGGCGAACCGAAGAAGAUCAAAGUGAUCAAUCGUCUAGAUGUGCCCCCCGACCUCAUCGGGGACUUUCGAAACAGUCUCAAGGAGCACUUUUGCCAGGGGUCCCUGGAGAGAGACGAAGCCAUCGGACCGGAUCUAUCGCUCAUUCUUGAGGAGUACCAUCUCGCCAGGAUCCUGCGACGUGCAAAGGACUCCAGAGAAGCUAUGAAGAUAUUCAUCGAGAUUAUCCAGUGGAGGAGGAAGUUCAAGCCGAGUGAUAUCAAUCCCUUCGCGAUCUGCGCCGAAGCCUUCCAACUUGGCGUCAUCUACUUCCACGGCAAAACGCGAGGCGGUGCGCAUAUCCUAAUUAUUCGAGGAGCCCUCAUUCGAAAACCACGUGAUUCGGAGGAGGAGGAUGCUUGCCGCAAAUAUUUCAUCUACUUCAUUGAAUACGCCGCGAUGCAAAUUCGCGGGAACAUAACUGUCCUAUUGGACUGUCAUAAAACUAGAAUAGAAAAUCUGGUGAUCCGUGAACUUUUCCAGCACAUGGCUUAUUUGAAAACCAUGAUAGAUGCGUUCAAAACACACUACGUCGACGCUCUGGACCACGUCCUGGUCUUCGAUCUACCGAUCGUGCUGAAUGCCUGUUGGAAAACCGUUCGCAAGAUGCUACCGUCAGAGGGAGCGGAUCGGACGAAGAUCGUCAACAAGAAGUCUGUUCUCAAAUACAUUUCUCAAGAGAACUUGCCGCGACUCAUGGGGGGAACGAGCCAAUUCGUGUACACCUUCGAUCCGGGAUCUGGGUUGCCCCCCGGUAUCCUGCACGAUUUGUCAGCGAAAGCUUGA